GGUACCAUGAACAAGGGAAGCUGUGCACGCUCUCAUUCAUUCUUAGAGGAAGUACCGGCUUGGUAAAUGGCGAAGACCUACGAUUACCUGUUCAAACUCUUGCUCAUAGGGGACAGCGGAGUGGGAAAGACAUGUCUCCUCUUCAGAUUUAGCGAGGACGCCUUCAACACCACGUUUAUCUCCACAAUCGGAAUUGAUUUCAAAAUCAGAACUAUUGAGUUAAAUGGGAAGAGAAUCAAACUCCAAAUAUGGGACACAGCAGGACAGGAAAGAUUUAGGACUAUCACCACUGCUUACUACAGAGGCGCUAUGGGCAUUAUGUUGGUAUAUGACAUCACCAGUGAGAAAUCAUUUGAAAACAUAAAGAACUGGAUUCGUAAUAUCGAGGAGCACGCAUCAUCUGACGUGGAGAGGAUGAUUCUCGGAAACAAAUGUGACAUGAACGACAGAAGACAAGUGUCUAAAGAGAGAGGAGAGAAAUUGGCAAUUGAUUAUGGGAUCAAGUUUUUAGAAACAAGUGCAAAAACCAGUGUGAAUGUCGAGGAAGCUUUUUUCACCCUUGCCAGAGACAUUAUGGCCCGACUCAACAGAAAAAUGAAUGACAGUGGUCAUGCAGAUGGUGGAGGGCCGGUAAAGAUCUCAGAAAAACGCUCCAAAAAGCGCAGCAUCUUCAAGUGUUCACUGCUGUAACUCUCUUGCGCCGAGUGGA